ACUGUGAAUUCGCGGUAUAAAGUGUUACCAUGAUCGUCCACUAAAUCACUGUUACUGUGCCAUGGCUUUGGCCACAAAGAGUCCUGCCGACAGCAAGACACUACUGGCGAAAUAUUAUAGUUUGCCUCAACCGCAGGAUAAGAUUCAGCUCAUGUAUGUUUGGAUCGAUGGAACCGGGGAAAAUUUGCGCUGCAAAACCAUGACUGUGAACAAGGAGCCUGUUUCAGCUGAAGACUGCCGAAUCUGGAAUUUUGACGGAAGCAGUACGGGACAGGCUGAAGGCUCCAACUCUGACGUUUACCUGAAGCCUUGUGCCUUAUUCCGCGACCCUUUCCGAGGAGGAAAGAACAAAUUGGUCCUUUGUGAGACUUUCACAUACGAUAUGCAACCGCAUGCAACAAACCACCGGCAUCGUUGCAGAGAAGUGAUGGAGAUGGCCAAAGAGCAGGAACCAUGGUUUGGUAUUGAACAAGAAUACGCCAUGCUAGAUACAGACGGCUACCCUCUCCAAUGGCCAAAGAACGGUUUUCCAUCACCACAAGGCCCGUAUUAUUGCUCUGUUGGGGCUGAUAAAGCACUAGGCAGGGAUGUGAUGGAGGCUCACUAUCGCGCUUGUCUCUACGCUGGUGUCGAAAUCUGUGGAACUAACGCCGAAGUUAUGCCAUCUCAGUGGGAGUUCCAAAUUGGCCCUUGUGCGGGUGUGUCUGCUGGCGAUCAUUUGUGGAUAGCGCGCUUCAUUCUGCAUCGCGUCGCAGAGGAUUUCGGUGUCGUCAUCACCUUUGACCCGAAACCGAUGGCCGGGGAUUGGAACGGAUCAGGUGCACACACCAACUUCUCAACGGUGGCCAUGCGUUCACCAAAAAUUGGUUUAGAGGCAAUCGAAACCGCUGUGCACAAGCUUUCGCUCAAACAUGUUGAGCAUAUUAGCGUCUACGACCCCAAACAAGGAGCGGACAACAGUCGGCGCCUGACGGGGGCCCACGAAACCAGCAGCAUUCACGGAUUUUCCUCAGGUGUGGCCAACCGUGGAAGCAGCAUCCGCAUACCACGACAGGUAGCCGAGGAUGGAUGUGGAUACCUGGAGGACCGCCGACCCUCGGCAAACUGCGAUCCAUACAGGGUGACAUGUAUUUUAGUGGAGACCACAUGUUUAUGACAUUGUCAUGUUGUGUAAACAAUAGUGCACCUUUCCGUACAGUAGUGCAAUUGCUCUGACGUUCGGAGCGCCAUUGGCGCAUUGCCAGUGCGGUCUACUGUUACGUGACUUUCGGAAUAUUUGUAUACUCAUCUCGCAAAUGUUGUUGCGGAGCACAUCUUGAUAAAAAAUUAGUAAAGU